UGCAAGUCCUGUUGGACUUGCAGCAUGCGUGGGGGAAAAUUUUCUCUGGGUGGAUGGCUGGGCGGGACUGCAGGUUGGCCUACAAUAUGGACUGCGAUGACCAAGGCAUGGUGACCUACAUCGACCUAGGGCACCAACCCUUAACUGGAUCCAUUCCAGGUUACAUCAGUGCCUUGGAAAGGUUGACCUAUCUGGAUCUAUCAGGUAACAAUCUGAAAGGGUCUAUUCCGUCCACCUUCGGCACCAUGAGCAGCCUUGAAUUUUU